AUGUCCGACGAAGUCUCUCAGUUCCUCGAGCAGGUCGAGCGUCUGCGCGGCCAGCAGAUUGAGGACGACGAGGCUCGAGCUCGUGAACGGGAGGAGUUUUUGGCCGCCAAGCGGGAACGUCAGGCACGACGAGAAGAACGUGCCCGGUCCAUCUCCCCUCAGAAAUCGUCCCCCAUGAAUACACCGUCACCGCGCUCCAGUCACCAAAGUGCCCAGGUUUCCGAUGCUACCAGGCUCGGCUCGCCCAGUAGGACACUCGACGACCGCGAACCCCCCGCCUCCCCGCCCGCCGGACACGACUCAAUGACAUCUCCGGGCCUGCCUGCCAAGGACAGUGAUGCCUCGGCCGAGCUGGACACGCAGCCGACUGAGAGCUCAACGCCGCCUGCGAGAACUUCUACGCUGUCGUGGCAAAGACGGCCCGCAUCGCGGGGUGGUGCCCGGCCCUUGAGCAUGGUGGCGGCCCAAAAUGCGACCCAGAGGUCUCUGGCCGGGUCGCAGGAGCCAGCAUCUGCCACCGAAGAAACCGUCUCCAAGGAUCAGAUUGCCAAAGCUUUGGGCUCCAAGGAUCCUUCAUGGUUCCGACAAACGGCGGAUCGCGGCCAGAACUCUGCUGCAUACAGGCGUAGUCAGGUUGAGGACGAGGACCGAUUAGAUAUGUCCUCGGUUAGGGCACAGCUGCCGGGCAUGUCUCUUACAAAUCCGGUUUCAAGUUCAAGAAGCUCUCCCUCGCCGCAGCCUAGUCCAGAACCGCCAAGUCACCCAGGACUUGCCUCGCCGGUCACAUUCAACCCCCCGCGGUUCGAUACUGCAUCUGCUGAGAAACAGCCAACUCAGGAGCCUGCGUCAUUAUCUGGACGGGCAUCGCCCACCCGGUCGCCGUCACCUACCAAGGGCCUUGGUGGUUUUGUCCAGAGUGCAAUGAUGAAGCGUAGCGAUAGUGUGAAGCGAUGGAGUGUCACGAGCCCUCCAGGCUUGACACGAGCGGACUCUGUUGCUGCCACGCGGGGAGCUAGAUCGUCAGUUCACAUGGGCUCCAGGCCUCAGAGCACCGUACGAAGAGACUCUGCGACACCGACCUCGAGCAGACCAACCUCGCAACACGGCGACAGGCCAUCUGACCUUGGCGAUAUCUCCAAAUCGUCAAGCCUGAUGUCAAUAGACACAGGCCGUGCUGAGGAAAAGGAUGAGGAUGCCGGCAUUCCAUCCAGUCCAUCAAAAACCAUGGAUCCUAGGCGCUGGAGUCCCACCAAGUCAAGUUGGCUUGAAAAUGCGUUGAACCGACCAGAGUCACCAAAGCCAUCCCCGACGACUGCCCAACCCACUUGGAGGAAUAAUGCCAAUGCAGAAUCAAGUCGACCAAAAUCUGUCUCACACAAGCACCAGGUUAGUAUUGGAGGUCUCAUGAGGCAAUCGGCUGUCGGAAAUGUAGCUAAAUCCAACCCUACUGGUUUGGGAGGCAUUUACUCACCGCCGCCAAAUGCAAAUCGACCUGCAUAUGGGCAAGGGUCAAAACCCAGCACCGCACAACAAUCUGACCCGGAUUUACCAAGGCCAGAUGAGAUGACUGAUAAGGAGGAUACGAAGCCGACAGACAAGGAAACCAGCUCCCCAAGUGCUACAAAACACACGCCCGUCAUGAGCCCGCCGCCUCUCAAACCCAAGCCGCAAACCCCGCCAACGAUGGACUUCAGGUCAAAUUUGAGGCAACGUCCUGCAGAAAAAGACACACCCAAGUCUGGUGAACCGGAAUUCAAGAAUGUCUUUGGCAAUCUGCGCAAAACCAAAACCCAAAACUACGUUGCUCCUGAUGAAUUGAAAAACAAUAUUCUUCGCGGGAAAUCGGCUCUUAACGUAACCGAUGGCCCGAAGAAGAGCGAGAGGAAAGACGAGUUUAAAGACGCAAUCUUGAAGAAGAGGGCCGACUUUAAGGCUGUUCAGUCUGAGGGCCGAGGGGUCACGAGAGCAUCAAGCACUGCUUCUGAAAGGCCACUGCCCGAGGGGUUGGCCAAGAGGGUAGAGCUGAGCAAAUCUGUGGCAGCGAUGGCCAAGAAGAGCAACGUUCCAGAAACACCAACUCCUACUCCCACCAAAAAGGAGGAUUCACCAAAGCCUGCCCCCGCUCCAAAGAGAGUCCCGAGCGGAUCGGCAUUCUCCCCAAGAUCGCCUAAUACAGCAAUACCCCCUGCAAGGAGCCCAAGUACCGAGAAGUUGAGACGGGUGUCCACAGAACCUGAGGCGGCAAAGACUACGGUUGAACCACAAGCAACGCCCACGCUGCAAAAGGAAAUGAAUGCACCUUCCAAGUUGGCGGCUCAGAGUCGAGUUGUCGGCGGCAAGUUGGCGGAUCGAUUUAACCCAGGCUUGGCAGGUAUGCUGGCUAGAGGGCCGCCUCCCAUGGCCACCAAUGGUGGUAGAAGCUCUGAGGAGACUGGUGACGACAAUGGCAAGCCAGGUUCAGGUGAUGCUACUGAGCCAUCUGCUCCUGGACCUCAACUUACACACAUGACCAAAGGCCGAGCUCGUGGUCCAAAGAGAAAGGCCCCGACAGGCGCCGCGGCGUCGACCCUCAGCCAAACUGCACGGCAGCUGCCACCUGCUAUAGUUGAGGCCGCCAAAGAGGACGAGCCAACGGUGCAGGAAGUAGCAAUAAAUAAACUUGGUACACAACAUGUGUCGACCGGCCCAGCUGGACUCGAUGAGAAGCCGAUAACCCCAACCAUUCAGCAAGAAGUGGACACAAAAACGACCCUUGGUAAUACACCAUCACUACCCCCGGUAACCCUGGUAGCCAAGACCUCAGAGCCAAGAGAGUCACUGGAGCCAGCAGCUCGACCAGUAUCUCGUGGACGGCCGCUGCCUCUCGGACCAAGGGCCUCAACUCCUUCGUCACCAGCAAAGCCAAGCCCGCAACCUGAAGAGGAUGCCUCCAGUGCCACGUCACCAAAGAAGUUUGACACGAAGAAAAUGUCCCGAUUCCUAGACGAAAGCCCUUCCAAAGACGUCCAGAGAGAUACAGCUGCGGAACCGACUUGGUUGCGCCAUAAGCGCACCGGAUCUCAAUCACCAACCAAACUGGCUGAGCCACCGUCACCGACUAAGAGUGACCGGGACUCACUUCCGUCAAUGCGCGAGGCUUCCCCUCGUUCCCCUCGUUUCGGCGCUCGAUCUAUCCCAAUUUCGAAGCCAUCUUUCGAUGAACCAGUAACGCCAGGUGGUGGGCAGAGCAGAAGAGUGAGACCGCUGUCCGGACUUUCCGGCGAUGGUUUGAAGUCGCCUGCCGCCAUUUCAUCUCCAACCCGCUCACCUACCAAGCAGAUCAAUGAAGUGUCUGCCCUGCUGACAGAAUUCUUUGGCCCCCCACAGACAAGAGAAGCAAUCAAUGUUGAUCCGGCACAAAUUCUGAUGAACCGUCCCGACACUGGUGAUAAGGUCACGAGUCUUGGACUUCAAAUGUUCCAAAUCCUCGGAGACGGGAAAAAGCUGCCAGUCUCACCCCAGAACGAACGAGUCCUGUUUGAGCAGGAGAUGUAUGUUUGCGCGCAUAACUUUAUCAAUGGAUCCGGGAAGAAAGUAUUCGAGGUUUACUUCUGGGUUGGUGACGAGGUUCCCGAGUUGUCGGCCGAAGAUGCCCAACUCUUUGUACAACGGGAAGCUCGCUCCCUCGGGGGCAAACUUGUUAGGUUUCAGCAGGGCAAAGAAACAGCCGAAUUUGUACAAGCUCUUGGUGGUGUGAUUAUUGUAAGACGCGGCUCGAGCAACAAGUACGACUCGCUAGCGCCCAACAUACUGUGCGGCAGACGGUAUCUCGGACAAGUUGCUUUUGACGAGGUUGAUUUUGCCCCAUCCAGCUUAUGCACUGGGUUCACGUACCUCAUCACCAAAGGGGGAAACUGCUACAUGUGGAAGGGCAAGGGAGGCGACGUUGCGGAAGUGAGCUGUGCAAGACUAAUUGGCAUGGAUUUGACCCUGACGGGAGAAUUGAUCGAGUAUGAGGACGGCAACGAACCUACGUCGUUCUGGGACCUCUUUGGGGACAACAGCUCGAAGCCUCAUUCUGCCGAUCACUGGCGCCUCAAGCCCAAUUACGACAAAUACUGCAGCCGACUAUUCUGUUCGGAUGCAGACUCUCGCCAACAGAUCUUCGAACUGUCUCCAUUCAACCAAGUAGACCUCCUUCCCACAAGCAUCUACGUCCUCGACGCCUUCUUUGAGAUGUACAUCAUUGUUGGAUCCCGUGCAAACGCCCAAUACGCAUCCUUCCGCAACGCUCUUGACUUUGCACAGGAAUACGCGAUUUUAGCAUCCGGCAUGGAAGACCGCCCGUUUGUGCCAGUAUCGACGGUCGUGUUGGAAGGGAUACCAAGGGAUUUGAAGCGGGUGUUCAGAAAGUGGGAUGAUGGACGGAGUCCGACGGUCACGAAUGCGAGUGUCGGUUUGAAGAGGGGGAGAAGUUUGCGGAUUGUUACACUUACGCAGGCGUUGCAGGCUUUGAGGGAGUGA